AUGGCCGAUUUGCUUAAACAACAAGGAAACAAGGCGUUCGCGGAGAAGCAAUGGGAUACCGCUAUAGAUCUCUUUACGCAAGCGAUUGCGCUGGAUCCGACGAAUCAUGUGCUCUAUUCGAAUAGGAGCGGUGCAUAUGCCGCCAAAAAGGACUGGGAUAACGCGCUCGUCGACGCGGACAAGUGUAUCAGCAUAAGUCCGAAUUGGAGCAAAGGGUAUGCGCGGAAAGGUGCAGCGCUUCAUGGUGGUCAUAAAUACGACGAGGCGAUUGCUGCAUAUGAAGAAGGACUCAAGAUUGAGGACUCUCCUGGGCUGAGGAAAGGUCUCCAAGAGGUUCAGCAGGCCAAAGAAGCUGAAGCUGCAGAUGAGGGUGCUGCGGGUAUCGGAAAGAUAUUCAGGGAUCCUGGGAUGUGGGCUAAACUAGCUGCGAAUCCAAAGACGGCACCUCUCCUCAACGACCCAAGUUUUGCUGCGCAGCUCCGAAUGAUGCAAGCGAAUCCUCAACUCGCCGGUAACGCAUUCAACGACCCACGAAUGAUCACUGUCCUCGGCGUGUUGAUGGGCAUCGACAUGCAGGCUUUUGCACGAGAAGAAGGGUCCGAUGAGCUACCGCCUGGACUGAAGAAAGAAGACGCACCUGCACCUUCCUCCUCCAAACCGACCCCGACCCCGCCUAAACCAAGCCAGCCCGCCGCAGAUGUCAAGAUGGCCGACCCAGAGCCAGAGGAACCAGAAGAAGAAGAUGAAGAGGCUAUUGCUAAAAAGUCUGCGCUCGCGGAAAAGGCAAAGGGAAAUGACAGCUACAAGAAGAGGGAAUUCGACGCUGCAAUUGAGAGCUUUAAGAAGGCUUGGGAGUUGUGGCCAAAAGAUAUUACAUUCCUCACGAAUCUAGCUGCCGCACAAUUUGAAAAGGGAGACUAUGACGGAGCGAUUGCUACAUGCGAGACUGCUGUCGAGGAAGCGCGAUCACUACGAGCAGACUUUAAGUUGAUUGCCAAAGCCCUCGGUCGGAUAGGCACGUCCUACUUCAAGAAGGAAGACUAUGACAACGCAAUUAAGUACUUCCAAAAGUCUCUCACAGAGCAUCGAACACCAGACAUUCUCAACAAGCUCCGAGAAGCGGAGAAGAUCAAGAAGGAAUCAGAGAUACGUGCCUAUAUUAAUCCAGAGCUCGCAGAAAAGGCGAGAGAGGAGGGCAAUGCCAAAUUCAAGGCUGGCCUAUUUGCCGAUUCGGUUGCACACUACACCGAAGCCAUCAAGCGCGACCCCUCGGAUCCGCGGGCGUACAACAACCGAGCGGCGGCAUACACAAAGCUAGCCGCGCUCCCAGAAGCGCUGAAGGACGCCGAAGAGGCCAUCAAGGUCGAUCCAUCAUUCGUAAAAGGUCAUAUCCGGAAGAGCUUGGUCCUGCAUUCUAUGCGCGAGUACACCAAGGCUAUGGAGGCAGCUCAGGCAGCUCAGGAUGCCGAUGUGGACAAGAAGCACGCACGGGAGAUCGAUGACCAGAUGCAAAAGAUUUCCCUGGCGAUGUAUACCCAACGCGCGGGUGAGACGGAGGAAGAGACUCUGCAACGUGCGAUGCGUGAUCCAGAAGUUGCGUCCAUCAUGCAAGACCCAGUUAUCAACCAGAUCUUGCAGCAGGCUCAGCAGAACCCAGCUGCACUUGCAGACCACAUGAAGAACCCGGUCGUCAACGCUAAGAUUCGAAAACUCAUUGCUGCAGGCAUUAUCAGGACGCGCUGA